AUGCUGACCCCAAUGGUGGCUGGGGGGGUGGUGUUCCCCGGACUCUUUCUCCUCUCCAAGAACACGCUCCAGCGACUGCCCCAGCUGCGCUGGGAGGAGGCUGACGCGGUCAUUGUCUCAGCCAGGCUAGUGUCCUCUGUCCAAGCCGUCAUGGCCUCCACUGCUGGCUACAUCGUCUCCACCUCCUGCAAGCACAUCAUUGAUGACCAACACUGGCUUUCCUCUGCCUACACGCAAUUUGCAGUGCCCUACUUCAUCUAUGACAUCUACGCCAUGUUCCUCUGUCACUGGCACAAACACCAGGUCAAGGGGCACGGAGGGGACGAAGGGGGGGCCAGAGCCCCGGGCAGCAUCUGGGCCGUGGCGCGCGGCUACCUGCACAAGGAGUUCCUCAUGGUGCUCCACCACGCCGUCAUGGUGCUCGUCUGCUUCCCACUGUCGGUGGUGUGGCGUCAGGGCAAGGGCGAUUUCUUCCUAGGCUGCUUGCUGAUGGCUGAGGUCAGCACCCCCUUCGUCUGCCUUGGCAAGAUCCUCAUCCAGUACAAGCGACAGCACACUCUGCUGCACAAGGUGAACGGGGCCCUGAUGCUGAUCAGCUUCCUCUGCUGCCGGGUGCUGCUCUUCCCCUACCUGUACUGGGCCUACGGGCGCCACGCCGGCCUGCCGCUGCUCGCCGUGCCCCUCGCCAUCCCGGCCCACGUCAACCUGGGCGCCGCGCUGCUCCUGGCCCCCCAGCUCUACUGGUUCUUCCUCAUCUGCCGCGGGGCCUGCCGCCUCUUCCGGCCCCGGGGCUCCACGCCGCCCUCUCCUUGUCAGACCCAGGACUGA